CGGCGGAGUCCGCGCCAUCGCCUUGCUUGACCAAGCGUGGCGUAUGCGGCGGGUCCUCGCAGGACACCAUGGAGGUACACGCUUUGAGGCAAGGAAGUUUUUUUUGUUUGCCGACCGUCGGGGCGGGGACAGAUACAACGCUAUCGGCUACAGGUCAAGUGCCGUUGUCGCGCCGUCAUUUCCACUGGAGCCCCGCGCGGACAGAUCUAUUGUUUUUAAUUGCACAGCGUCGUUUAUCGGCGCGCCCGGGAAGAGCCCGAUAAGCGCCGAUCGGUCCGCGCCCCGUGUGCGAGCGGGCAUAUCGGCUACAAAGAACGUGCGGCUCGCACUCAUGUUGCAGCACGAAAGGACUCGAGGCUCAAGAGACAACCUCUCGUUCGGAUAUGCUAAGCGUGUUGUGUGAUGCCAGUGACAAAGGCUGCGCGCUUUCGACCUCGGCUCCUCGCGUGGCCUCUCGGUGCAACCUGCAACGCGACGCCGACGAUGAAGACGACUCGCCGGCAGCAAGAACACCGGCCGGUGCGGUCGUGACUCGGCGCCCGCGCUUCAGCGCAAGGUACUGCAGGCGAUGCCACGGCAGCCGAGCCAGCCGGCGCGCCCGGAAGCCCAGGAGACGCGCCCGUGGGCGACAGCGCUGGGAUGAGCAGGCUCCGAUGGUGGCGGCCAGCGCUCUGCUGAUGGUGCUAUGCGCGGCGGUGGCGGCCGCGGUGGCCGCCACCGUGGACGGCGUGCUCGUGAUGGGACGCGACGGUCGCUGGCACAGCGACGAGCCGGUGUCCGUGGGUCAGCAGACUUGGCUGCUCCUGCUUGGCUCGGAUCUGGACAGCGAGCGCGUGAGUUUCACGCCUCGCGACGCCGAGCGCGGAAGCAGCUGCGGCCAUGCGUCCGCGCUGCAGCCGUCCUCCACGGACAAGAACGGCUCCACCACGGUUGUGCUGCCGUGGCGGGGCCGCUGGUUUCUCUGCCUGCGAAAUGGCGAGGACUGGGUGCACCAGGGACCUGCUGUCAGCUUGACUGCCACAGGUGACCCGGACGUGGCCGUGGUUUCGGGCGUGCGCGGUGGCGUCGAGACGGUGUCCACCAGCAAGGCCGGCUUCAUGGUGCUACCCGUGGGCGAGGAGGUGCCGCUCCUGCUGCUGGGCUCCAACUUUUCGGAGCGCACGCGCGUCACGCUCACCACUGAGAAAGCGGCCCGCGGAGUGUUGUGCCACGAGCAGGUGCUCGUCGACACUUGGGAGCUGCGGCCGCUGCACGGAGGCCUCGCCGCGCGCGUCACCCUCAAGCUUCCCCAUCCGGGCGAGUACCAACUGUGCGUGUCGCUUUCCGGCCGCUGGGUGCACCAAGGCAACGACCCGCUCGUCACGCUCGAAGGCGAAACACCGCUGGUGCCUGUCUGGGCCAACCUCUUGCUCAUCGGCACGCUGCUUGUCUGGUCCGGCCUCUUCAGCGGGCUCACGCUGGGUCUCAUGGCGCUCGACAAAACCGAACUCAAAGUCAUCGAGUCAUGCGGCACUCCCGAGGAACGAGACUACGCGCGCAAAAUACUACCGCUACGGCGUCGCGGAAAUUACCUGCUCUGCACCCUGGUGCUCGGCAACGUGUGCGUCAACAGCAGUUUCACCAUCCUGCUGGACGAGAUGCUGAGCUCCGGCCCCGUGGCAGUGCUACUGUCCACCUUAGGCAUUGUUUUGCUGGGAGAAAUCAUCCCGCAGGCCAUUUGCUCCAGAUACGGACUUGCCAUUGGUGCGCGUACAAUACUGAUAACCAAAUUGUUUAUGAUAAUCACGUUUCCUCUCUCGUGGCCAAUCUCCAAGCUGCUGGACUGUGUGCUCGGAGAGGAGAUCGGUAAUGUAUUCGACCGCGAGAAACUUACCGAAUAUCUUCGAAUCACCAAGGACUACGCGCAACUCGAGAAUGAAGAGCUUAACAUCAUCUUCGGUGCUCUGGAACUGACAAAGAAAACAGCAGCUGACAUCAUGACGCGCAUCGAGGAUGUGUACAUGCUUCCGUAUGAUGCUGUGCUCGACUUCGAGACCAUGAGUGAAAUCGUCAAGCGCGGCUACACACGCAUCCCCGUCUACGAAGGCACCAAGCAGAACAUUGUGUCGCUCCUGAACACCAAGGACCUGACGUUCGUGGACCCCGACGACGCCAUCCCGCUGGCUACUGUGUGCAGCUUCUACAAGCACCCGCUCAGCUUCGUGUUCCAGGACGAGACACUCGACUCGCUUCUGCGCGAGUUCAAGAAGGGUCACUCGCACAUGGCAUUCGUGCGACAAGUGGUGCAGACUGAAAACCGCGACCCCUCUUACAACGUGACGGGCCUGGUGACACUCGAGGACGUCAUCGAGGAGAUCAUCCAGUCAGAGAUUAUCGACGAAACCGAUGUCCUCACCGACAACCGACGCAAGCAACGGCGCAAGGACGCUCAGCUGCUGCAGGACUUCACCGACUUCCUCAAGAUUGGUAGCGGCCAGCAAGGCAAGAAUGUGGUCUCGGCCCAGCUGGCCUUCGCCACCUACCAGUUCCUGAGCACGGCUGUGCGCGCCUUCACAGCCGAGUAUGUGACGCCCGCCGUGCUGCGCCGACUCAUGGCGCAGAACAUCUUUUUCGCGAUCAAGCCUUCUUCUGGGAAGAACAUCUUCGAUGCGGGCAAGCCGUGCGACUUCUUCACCGUCGUCCUCGAGGGACGCGUGCGUGUCACGGUCGGCAGGGAGAGCCUGGUGUUCGAGGCGGGGCCCUUCUCUUACUUUGGGCUGCCCGCGCUCACCGUCGAGAAGGGCGCUUUCGUGCCGGACUACACCGUCGCGCCACUCUCGUACGUGGUCUACAUGAAGGUCAGCCACAGUGUGUACGUGGCCGCCCUGCGCGCGUCACGCCUGGGAAAAACGGACGACCCGAACGACGGGGCCAUGCAAGAGUCCAACGUCCCAACCGAGGACCAGAAGCAGACGACAGCCAACUCGACAGACGUCAAGCCAACGACGCCGGCGGUCGCGUGGUCCGAGCCGGCCAACGCAUGAGCCGCGCCCCUUUAUUAAAUUUCUGCUUUCAGCGCUGCUCUUUGUGCUCCGGGGAGUCGUCCUCGUUGGCGUAGCUCCUGUAGCGGACAUCCGAAGAGCCGCUUCGCAGCAGCAGCGACUGAUUCUCCUGGCGGCCCGGAGGGUUCUUUAGCAGGAACAUCACCGGCGAGUACGCGAAGCACACUGUGGCCGUGAGGUAGAGCAGCCUGCAAGGGAGAGGGCGGCAGGAAUAAGGAUCACCUUCUGCUCGGCAAAAUGCGUGACGUAACAAUGCUCAACUUACGCUUGAAAUCCCAAGGUUUUGACGACGCUGCUGCUGAUGAUAGGCCCUGCAAAGCAAGAGGAGCAAGAACUGAGAGCCACGCCCGGGAGCCUCCACAAUAAUGCGCCGCUCUUCGUGUACGAUACUAUCGGCGAUUGUCAUGUUCAUCGCCACAGAGCAGUUGAGUUUCUUUUGAGAGGACUUCAGAGCUUUGGCACACGUCAAAGGCAGAACCACUUGUGCUCUGUAAACUACGUUGUCCUGAGUCUGCAGCACGGAUCACUCAAAGGGAACCCUACGUCGUUAUAAUCCAGGACAUCAAGGAUAAUCAUUUCGUUUCAAGGAAGCGUGUUCAGCAGAAACGCCAUUGCAGAUAGCUAUAGCUGUACAAAGCAGAGCUGCUAGGCGUUGUCACAUUUGAAAGUAUUCGAGAGAUAAGUUUCGUGAGCUCUAAAGUGCAGUAACAAGUUGUAUUGUUCAAGAGCAAGGAACUUUUGUUUAGCGGUCACCAUGGCACAGUUCUUGAAACGUCUAAUUGAGGCCGCGUAACGCGUUGGAUUCCCCAUGCCACAGCUCCUCAGACUGAAUUAAAGAAACGUCAUUGUUCCACCUAUGA